CUGUAACCAUGGCUACUGGACAUUCUAGAACCCUAAUUCCUAUUUCUAUGCGUGCAGCCUAUCUGUAACCAUGACUACAGGACGUAGUUAGACAACUUUUCCGCAGUUUUAUAGAGGGUUUGGAUGAAGGCACCGCCAACCGAGGGUAGAGGACCUACAGGCGAAAAGAAGUGCAGACGUCCUAAAAUAAGAAAAUCAUGACCACAAAAUCCCCGGGCACGAGCACUCAAAGAUGCUUGGCUACCAACAAUGCAAAACGAGUGCCACUGACACAGAAAAAGGCCACUGUACCCAGCCGUCCAGUACCAAGCAGGGUACCAACAAAGAGACUCACCUCUCUGCUACCAAGGUCUACUAGACAUGCUGCCAGGCCAGCUGGCUGCACUCAGAACCACAUAGAGCAACUGCCACCUGAGAUCCUAAUGAAGAUCCUGUGGAAUCUGGAUGCCUCUUCUCUCUACUGCAUUGGCUACGUCAACAAGCUAUUCUAUAAGCUGGCAAAAAACAAUGCAAUGUGGCGUAAAAAGUAUUCUGCAAAAUAUGGGGAGAGUAAGAACUUGAAGGCCAAGCACAUGGACGAGGUUGUGGAGAAGCUGAGUAUGAUGAAAGUUCAGGAGAGACCAGAGGGCUACUGGAGAAGGCUGUACUUUAGGACCAUAGCUGGCUACAACCACACCAAGUGGUUGAAGGAGCUGAGAACCAUCAAUCCCUUCACAGGCCUUCCCAGCCACACAGAGAGAGUCCUCAGAGAGCAGUGUGUGGCCUGGGAGAUCACAGUGUGUGACAGGUCGGUCUGUGAGGGGACUUUUGAGCAGAGCCACACCUACUACAGUGACUCGUCAGUGACAUUGUGCUGGACCAAUGGUUCAUGGCCCGCCUUCCACCAACUCUCUACCGUACAGCUUCACGGUGUCAAGAGAGUUCCUCUCAAAUGUCCCAGCAUCAUCAAGCCAGGCUGGAGGUCUCUGAUGGCUCAGUUGGAUAUUGACACCAUCUCUAAGAGCAGCCAGGUGAUUGGUGGAGACAGACUGGUCAAGUUGGUGCUGCUGUCGCCAGGCAUCAUCAUCGGCAUCUGGAGGGGCCAGUCGUCCAUAGCCUUUGUGAUGGCCACCUUCCACUACCACAGGCUGUUGGAAAGGAGUCUCCUGGGCUCGUCUGUUUGCCCCUACACCAUUCCAGAGAACAGGCCUCUUUUUGACGACGUGGACCCAAACUACGGUCUCCAUGGUUACACGCUACACAUUACCCUCCACAACACUGUGACGGAGAUCAUGUCUGGCCACUUCCCUCAGCUCUUCUGCCGGAAAGGUCAGAUCCAUGAAGGUUUCAUCCAGCUGAAUGCCAUCAUCAGGAGUAACCAGUCUCGGCAGACCCCUCUCUCUGCCAGGGUCAGCCUGCCCUGGAGGUCUGAUGCUCUGGAGGGGACUGUGAAGAACUGCUGCAUGAUGAGCCUGACCCUGCUGGAAGAGUCCCAGAUACCCUUCUGGUGUGUCAGCACGCCUGUCUCCAUGGUGCUGGCCAAUGAGGAGCCUUUCUCCUAUGACUACCAGGGCCAGCACUUCCUGAUCAAGUACCAGGAUGCAGAGGGAAAGGUACAGAUGGACGUGGUGCUGCUGGAGGAACAGAGACAGUUCUUCCUUAUUAAUCUGGUUGUCUACAUCAGCACAGUCAAAGUCAACCAGCACUUUGGGCGUGCCUACUAAGGCUACUGACUGUUUAGGGAGUGGGUACUGUAAGUUUGUACUAUAUGAUCUCUGCCUAGUUUUUUAGGUACAUUUCCCUAUGCCUAGAGCUGUUCUGGUAACCAUAUUACCGCCACACUGGCAGUCACGAGUCAUGAAGGCAGUCAAAUUCCACGUGACCGUUUAGUCACUGUAAUUAGGCAUCUCCAAGCUCUGACGCUACUGCUGGUCAUUAGUAGCCUACCAAACUUGCUAACUGCCUGGUACUCAGCACUCUAUUGUCUCUCUAAUCACUCUGACAUCAAUGCAAAUAUAUUCAAAAAUCUAAUCAAACACUUCAUGAGAGCCCAUCAGCUCAUGUUACACAACAUUUCUAUAGGCUAUGCAAUUGCGGGAGAUAACAGCUAAUAAAAAGAGGAUGAUCCCAUCAGCUUUCUAUAAGCUAGGCCGACUAUAUUUAUUUCUCAACUUUAUUAAUAUUAAGCACAUUGCUUAUAUUGAAAAUAAACCACGGGGAAAAGCGUCCUCCUUUCACUAUUUAAGUGCAUAGAUAACAUGUAUUUUUUCCUGCUGCCCAUUUCGAUACAGGUGCAUGAUAAUGGUCCAUUCUAAAUCAAAACAAAUGUCAAACAUAUAUAUUAUUUAGUAUAUGUAAAGACAAGAUUAAAUCAAGAAUAGUCUGAUGGGUGACAAUAUUAGCCUAUCACUUGUGAAUUCUAAAUUAUCACUUGUGAAUGAUGCCCCCUAUGUUGGAAUCGUAGUCGCACACCUCAUGUAGCCUAGCAUACAGGCCUGUAUGUUUUAAUAAGGUUUGUAUCACAACUAAAGUUGCCCAAAAACUUUUUUAAAUUAAGCACAUUAAUCAGCUGUGUAGAGCCUAACUGGCCCCUGACCAUUAUUAUUAUAGAAGCAGCGUGUGAGUUUCAAGUUUGGGGAAGAUAAUUUUCACCAUAAAAAUGCAUCUUUAUAAUAAUAUUACAUGCAUAACUGCAUCUGUGGUCACUUUUGAUAAUGGUGUUUUCCGCUAAUGGAACAUUUGUGCUUAUAGCCUACUACCAUGUGCGCAUUGCUGCACAUAUAAUGUGAAGAAAUAGCCUAAUAGUUUAUCAACAUUUUAAGCUAAAAGUGCUGAUCUGUUGCAUCAGCCACAUUGCAUAAAAAUAUUUUGGGGAUGUUAGUGGUUGUAUUCAUUUGGGAUCUAUCGCAUCCCACAACUGUCCCAGACUAUGUUUGGAAUAUUUAUUUCUUCCACAGAAUAGAAUAGGUCGACUUUUGUACUAUGGGGGUGAUGGGUUUGGAUUUAUAAACUUUGAAUAUUAUUAAUCAUUUGUUAUGCUAGAGACAUGAGGGGUGCCAUAGUCUAGGGUCUACACCAGAAGUUAAUGGUUAUCUGUAGGAGGAAGGUAUAUGGUGGGUGCAAUUAAACUGGGAAUGUACUGAGUGUAGGGAAAACGAUCACAUGUGGCCGCCAUUGAUAAGGCGAGAGAGCCAUGAAUUAGCGAUGCAGGGUGUCCAGGUCAGGUCACGUUAAGGGGGAAGGAACAGUUUAUUGCUCGUAUCACUUAGUUUCCUGCCUAGCAAUAAAGAUACAAUGUUUAGCGAGAAGGAGACUCCACCCAAAGUGGGGUAUGUAUACCACCACUGGUGGAACCAUGUCUUUGUCGGUACAGCUGUUCGAUACUCUGGGAUUAAUAAACUUGGUUUAAACUUU